AUGGAUAUGCCGGUGAAUGUGCCUGUCGAUGAUCCCAACGCCGAUACAGAAUGGAACGACAUUCUCCGUAAACAGGGCAUCAUUCCCGAGAAGCCACCGGACCCGGAGCCCAUCAUCCAGGAAGCACUUAUUGCUGCCAAGCAGCGUGAGCACGACAAUCGUUUAGAGGACAAGACGCUCGACGAGCUCGACGAGCUGGAGGAUGACGAGGAUGAAGCCUUUCUCGAGCAGUACCGCCAGAAGCGCCUCGCCGAGCUGGGGGACCUGGCCAAAAAGGGCAAGUUUGGCUCGGUGCUGCCGCUGCAGAAGGCGGAGUGGGAACGGGAAGUGACGGAGGCCAGUAAGGAGGCGUGGGUGGUAGUGGCGCUGACGAGCUCGGAGGGAGGUAAUGUGGAAAGUCGAGUAUUAAGUGAGCUCCUCCCCCGCCUCGCAACCAAAUACCCCGACAUGAAAUUCCUCUCCAUCCCCGCCCCGCUCGCCAUCCCCCAGUACCCGGAGCGCAACACACCCACCCUCCUCUUCUACCACGCCACCAACAUCGCGCGCCAGGUCGUCACUCUGGCGUCCCUGAACGGCGUGCGCACCAACUUACGCAACCUCGAGAUCCUGUUGACCGAAGUCGGCUGCAUCGCCGAGGGGGAUUUCCGGCUCAAGGAGGGGCGCGAGGAUGAGGAUGGGGAUGGGAAAGACGAAGGGAGGGGAAGGGGCAUCAAGCAGGGCGGGACGGGACGGGGGACGGGGGCCCGGGCCGAUGAGGAUGAUGAUGACUGGGACUGA